CUUCAAAUGGGAGCAGGUGAAAGUAACCUAGUGGAUGAAAACGGUGAAAAAUUAUCAAAAGAGCAAAUCAAGGAACAUAAGAAACAGCAGAAGGAAGCAAAGAAAGCAGAGAAAUUAGCUAAGAAAGAAGCAAAGAAAGCUGAAAAGCAAGCUAAGAAGGAGCAAAAAUAAGGAUCUUAGGAAAAGUGAGUCUACUACGAAGGUUUUUGUUGGAGGGAAUAACCAUUUAAAACCUGAAAAUUCGAGCAAAACUCACAGAGUUAUGGGACACCUUGGUCUAUUGAAAAGGAAAAUUAAUGAUGACUCCACCUUUGGUGCAAAAUUACACGAUCGUUCAUCAAGAUUUGACAGAGAUGCCAUGAGCUCACGAAUUAGUGGAAGAAAUAGGUCUACUAGUGGGAGUCCUGGACAAUAUAAUCCAAAAGCUGUAGGAAUUAACAGCCCAAAUUAUAUUGAAGAGAAAAGGAAGAUAUAUGGCCAAUACCAUGCAAGUCCAGGGAGUAUAUCAAUCAAAGACAGUCCUCAUUACCAUAAAACUCCUCGGCAGCUAGCUGUAUAUCACACUGAGCCACUCACAGAAGCUCCUCCAUCAAAUUUCAAGCUGGUCUCUUGACCUAACUGUGGAAGAAAUUUUAAUAAAAACAAUCUAGCCAGACAUGAAGCUCAUUGCCAAAAGAAUGCUCAGAAGAAAACAAAAGUGUUUAACUCUAAAAAGCAAAGAGCCGUUACUGAAGAUGAAGAGGAAGCUGUCACUUGGCAAGAGAAACAGAAGAAGAAAAAGAUGAAUAAUGCAAUGGGCAUCGCUCAAGACUAUAGCACUGCAGAUGAGCCAACUGCCGUGGUUAGAUACAAAAUGUGUCCUAUCUGUAAAACCAAACAAAACACUGGUGGGUUUGAGCUCCAUUUUGAAGAAUGAAAUCAGAGGAAAAUGAGGAUGGAGCAAAGAAAGCUCCAAAGACAGUUAGGACCAAGACAGUUGCUCAGAUCUAAGAAGGAAGUUUUGUUCUAG